AUGGCAACUGUACAGCAUGUGCCUAAAAAAAACAAGUACUUGACCCAUCAACGAGAAGCGGAGAUUCGUCAGUCAACAACUACGACGCCAUCUUAUUACUUUAAGGUAGAGAGAGACAGAGACAGAUAGACAAGAUUGUCAUCAUAGCUGGGAAUUAUGAGCGGAGCUAAAGCCCGCAUCGACCCGCCUGUUGCUGCUGAGAAUGUCUCGAGCGCCGGGCACAGUUCUGCGGCUCCUGCGCGAGAGCGCAUGCCAAGUGGAGGGGUUCUGAAGAGACUCAAGUCUCGGCGAAGCCAGGUUGAUAGUAGGCCCGUCACAGAAGACCAUCUGCGGACACAAGUUGGCCACAUCACCCCUGAAGAGGUCCUAGGAUUGCGGGUUGCUACACGUGGGUACCUGUGUAAACCAGAGGACAACAUCUUCAACAUAGAUUUCAUUCGCUUUAAAAUCAGAGACCUGGAGACAGAGACUGUGUUGUUUGAAAUUGCCAAACCACCUCAUACAGAGGAAGACGAGGAGAAUGGAGAGGGAGACAUGAGUGCAGGACGUUUCGUACGCUACCAGUUCACAGCAGCAUUCCUACAACUGAGGACAGUGGGAGCCACAGUGGAGUUUACAGUGGGCACCCGGCCUCUGAACAGCUUCAGGAUGAUUGAGAGGCACUACUUCAGGGAUCACCUCCUGAAGAGCUUUGACUUUGACUUCGGCUUCUGUAUCCCAAACAGCCACAAUACUUGCGAACACAUCUAUGAGUUCCCUCAGCUGUCCGAGAGCUUGGUUUGUCAGAUGGUGGAACAUCCCUACGAGACGAGGUCAGACAGCUUCUACUUUGUUGACAACAGACUGGUCAUGCACAACAAGGCAGACUACGCUUAUAACGGGGGCAGGCAUUGAGGGAGUGUGUGUGUGUGUGUGUGUGUGUGUGUGUGUGUGUGUGUGUGUGUGUGUGUGUGUGUGUGUGUGUGUGUGUGUGUGUGUGUGUGUGUGUGUGUGUGUGUGUGUGUGUGUGUGUGUGUGUGUGCGUGCGUGCGUGCUGUGCCCAAGCCUAUACUCACACCAGCAAACUCUCCCCCAAAUGUUGAUUACUGUAAGUUAAAAAGCCUUUAUUGUCAUGGUAUAGCUGUAUAGUAUGGAAAAGUUUAAAAACAGCAGGACAGAGCCACAUAGACUACUGGCAGUAGUAUGGCAAAAAUCUGCCAAUAGUGCUUUCUCUGUACCACCAAAAGGAAGCAGGUUGAACCCCAAUGAUGUGUCUCAACUAACCAAAUGGUUGAUUUUAGUGUGUAGUUGGACAGUUGAUGUACUGUGCACUCCUUGGCUUUUAAGGGAAAGCAUAUUCUACACUUUUGUUGAACCAUGAGAAGCACUAGUUUCCCACCAAAUGUAGCUUUUUAGGAGUGAGUCAUACUUGUAAAAGACCCAACAAUGACCACACACACAGGCAUACAAACAAUCUUUCUCUCUUUCUCUCCCUAUUUAUAUUUCUCUCUAUCGUAACCUGCUGUGCUCAGGCCCACACUCCAGUCUGGAAAUAUAAUUAAGAUGGGAAUGGGGAAGACAUCCACACACUCACUGUCAAAUACACAUGUUGUGGGGGUGCUUUCCUGCAGGAGGGACUGGUGCACAUCACAAAAUAGAUGGCGUCAUGAGGGAGGAAAAUUAUGUGGAUAUAUUGAUGCAAGAUCUGAAGACAUUAGUCAGGAAGUUAAAGCUUGGUCGCAAAUGGGUCUUCCAAAUGGACAAUGACCCCAAGCGUAUUUCCAUAGUUGUGGCAAAAUGGCUUAAGGACAACAAAGUCAAGGUAUUGGAGUGGCCAUCACAAAGCCCUGACCUCAAUCCCAUAGAAAAUUUGUGGGCAGAACUGAAAAGGCGUGUGCAAGCAAGGAGGCCUACAAACCUGACUGAGUUACACCAGCUCUAUCAGGAGGAUUGGCCAAAAUUCUCCCAACUUAUUGUGGGAGCUUAUGGAAGGCUACCCAAAACGUUUGACCCAAGUUAAACAAUUUAAAGGCAAUGCUACCAAAUACUAAUUGAGUGUAUGUGAACUUCUGACCCCCUGGGAUUGUGAUGAAAUAAAUAAAAGCUGAAAUAAAUUAUUCUCUCUACUAUUAUUCUCACAUUUCACAUUCUUAAAAUAACGUGGUGAUCCUAACUGACCUAAGAAUUUGUACUACGAUUAAAUGUCAAAUAAAUAAGUUCAAAUGUAUUUGGCUAACGUGUAUUUAAACUUCCGACUUCAACUGUAAUCAUUUGAGGAACAGAAUCAGAACCAGGAACGAAAGUGAUCUAUAAUGUUCCAGAACAGAACCAUUAUUUGAAAAGCAUGGGAACCGGUUAAUAACAUUCUUCUUUGUUCUGGGCAUUUUUGUACAUUCCUACAAAAAUUGCAACAAAGCGCCUAUGCAAAGCCCUCACUCUGUUACUCAGAAACGUAUUCCAGUGUCUGCCUGCCAGCUGGAAAUCUUUGCCAGUUUGUUUGUGUGUUUAGGCUACCUGCCACUUCCCAACCGAAGCAUAGGUUACUGUAGCCUACUUAAGCGUGAUUCAGAAAUUAGGGAGAGAGAUUUAUUUAUUAGAGAAGAAUGGAUUCACUUUUUCAAUGCUGGUUAAGGAUACUAUAGUUAUACCGUUUCACAUUGGAUUUAUUAACUACAAAAGUUAAGACGAGUUUUUAAUUCUAGUGCUGCUCUGCACACACAAGCUUGUUAGCUAAAGUUAUUUCUGGUCCAACAUUAAGCCAACUCUCUGAAGUUCAAAGACAUUCAAAGUUCCCCUACGAGGUAUAAUUAUACCUCCUGUGUAGGUAUAAUUAUUUGGGCCUAAUUCAGAUAAUGCAUGUCAUGACAAGAUGCCCUUCAAGCCAGGCCUCCUACACUUGUCCAUAGUGACUGACAGCACAGUGCACAGUGUGUGUGUUUGUCUUUCAUUAUGAUUGAACCAUGCUGUUACGGCAAAAGACAAUUAGCUUUUAACGACUUUCCUAUAAAGAUGAAAUAGCUUAUCCUCUCCAUUGCAAGCUGCUCUGUCCACACUGAUUGGUGAGGUAAUUUGAUGUCAGAAUGAAAGAACAGAAAGGAACUAUAUAAUCCGGUGCUUUUUUGGGGUUCGAACCGGUUCAAACUUUAUUUUGCUGGUCGGAAUAGUGGAAUGGACCCCCAAAAAAUUUUGAUUCUGUUCAGAACAAAACCAUUAGAAAAUCAUUUUGGUUCCAACCCCUGCUUCACGAACAAGGUGAUCAGAAGGUCUACUCGUACAUUUACAUUCAAAUCAAGAAAAAAAAUCUAAAGCAGUGAAAGUCACCAGUUGUAAAAUAACUAGAACUUAAAUUUUUAUGUACACAAAUAUGUCCUUUAUUUUUUGUCGUUGGUUGAUUCGAAAGGCACUUAAACAAUAUAUAGCUUUUAUUUUAUUUUUAUAAACUGAGAAGACAGCUCUGAUCAGAAAUGUUUUUCACAGUCAAUAAUUAGAUAUGCAGUCAUACAGGAUACAGUGUAUUACUCAACUCUUGAUUGUAUUAAUAUGUCAGGUUGAUACUUUUAUUAUGUUUUAAAGUAAAAUGUUGUAGUGUUUUGAUUGUUUCCUCUAGAAACACCAAAAGUAUGUGUGGUGUGGAAAUUUGAUUGAUCUUUGUUAGAUAGAAAUCAAAUUGUGUAUUAUUGUGUAUUUUGUUAACUACUGGUGUCCAGGAUAAAGUGUAGUUGUAUGAAAUAAAUAUGUUGUCAAAAAUAAAUGAAUA